AUGGCCAUCUAUUUUCCUCCUGGUGUACCAGGCAGACAGAUGGUGGAAGCCGUAUUGCCUAUUUGCAUCCUGGCCCACAGACAUUGCAGGGAUCAGGGUUUACCUGUCAACAAGGAUUGGGACUGCCAUUGUCUGAGGAUAGAUGCUGAAGGACUGGGAACAGGGAACUAUGCCACAAUGGCCUCCCUCCGCUUCUUCUCUUCCUUGGAUCUCAGCGAUUCCACCGGGCUGUAA